GGCUCCCCUUCACGUGACCGCCAUGCCGCGCGUCACACCCGGAAGCAGCGGUAGGAACGGGACUGCAGCGAUGAGCGGGGAGCCGGGGCCCACGGCCGUAGCGCCCCCUCCCGGGGAGGUCGAACCGGGUAGCGGGGUCCGUAUCGUGGUGGAGUACUGUGAACCCUGCGGCUUCGAGGCGACCUACCAGGAGCUGGCGAGCGCCGUGAAGGAGCAGUAUCCCGGCAUCGAGAUCGAGUCACGCCUUGGGGGCACAGGAGCCUUUGAGAUCGAGAUCAAUGGGCAGCUGGUAUUCUCUAAGCUGGAGAAUGGGGGCUUUCCAUAUGAGAAAGAUCUCAUUGAAGCCAUCCGAAGAGCCAGUAAUGGAGAACCCCUAGAAAAGAUCACCAACAGCCGUCCUCCCUGUGUCAUCCUGUGACAACAUGUGACUCUGGGUUCCUGCACUGUUCCAAGACCCAAGCCUUGGUCCCCCUCUUGGUCCUACUGUAGGCUCUUCCCUGCCUAAUUCCCUUCACUUGGCUCUUGCCAGCUCAGAGAUCCUGGGCUCUACUUUGCUUGGGUAUCCAGAGGGAAGAGGAGCUUUUGUGACCUUGGGGGUGAGAGAAAGAGAGACCCUUUCCAUGGACAUUUCUUAUGCCCCCUUCCUGGGAUCUGUGCCCACAAAAGCCCAGUCCUCUUCCCAGUUUGGCAAAACCAAACAGAUGUUCCCAUAGAUCCAAUUCUCUAUGAAUCCCAGGCAAUGUCCACUAUACUGGUAAUAAAGUGGCACUACAGACACCUGUGCCAGUGGGUA